UCUGGCGGAGACGAACGCGCACGCGCGGCAGUGCUUUUGCGUUGCAGUAGUGGCAGCGUGACAUAACCUAGCGGCAGUUCAUCGUCGUGUUUGCCUGUGUGUCGUCGUUGGUUUACGUGUCGACGGAGGAACGGUCGUGGUUCUCGUAUCGCGCACCGCGCUCGCACAAUCGGUCGGUAGCUCGUGGCAAACGUGGACGCGUAUCACGCGGUCUCUCGCGGCGCGGUUAUCGUGAUGGCGGAGUCUGAAACGUCGAGCAUCGUGCAUGUUGGUCAUCGUUACACGUCCGCCGCACCGUCUCUCUAGUUCCGCGGCCCGAAGCCAUCGGUGAAAAAGUCCAACGUGGUUGCUGCUCGUCGUUGCGUUCGAACGUUCGAAUCGUCAUCGUGCGAGGGAGUGUCGCCGCUGGUAGUAUCGCGGCUGUAUGUCGUAGUUUUUACACGAUAACACGCAAUACCGCGGUCGAGAGUGCGAUCACUGUAAGUGAGAAAAGGAGAAGCGACGAGAGAGAGAAAGAGAGGGAGAGGAAGAGAGAGAGAGAUAGAGAGGAAGAGAGAGACAGCAAGUGAGCGAGCGUGCGAGGAUCGCGCGAGCGUCGAAAGUAACGAGUCAUCUACCGAUCCAAGAUGGCAGAACGCCAGGAGGGUGGUCCGAAGAAGAUCACCAUCAACGUGAAGACGCCAAAGGAGAAACAGAGCGUGGAGAUCGAGGAAAAUGCGACGAUAAAGGACUUUAAGGAGGCGGUCUCGAAGAAGUUCAAUGCACAAGCCGAUCAGCUGUGUUUGAUCUUUGCGGGAAAAAUCAUGAAGGAUCACGAGACCCUCAGCACGCACAACAUCAAGGACGGUCUGGCGGUGCACUUGGUGAUCAAAGCACCGCGCUCCGCCACCACUACGUCAAAUCAGGAGUCCACUCCGACUACCAGACCUCAAGCUGACGUCAAUGCUAGUCCAUUUGGUUUGGGCAGUUUAGGUGGACUAAUGGGAUUGGAAUAUCUUGGCUUGGGAUCUGCUAAUUUCAUAGAUUUGCAGCAGAGAAUGCAACGGGAAUUGUUAAUGAAUCCGGAAACGAUGCGCACAGUACUCGACAAUCCCUUGGUGCAGAAUCUAAUGAACGAUCCGGAAAACAUGCGUAAUUUGGUCACCGCCAAUCCCCAGAUGCAAGAGCUAAUGCAACGAAAUCCUGAAAUCAGCCACAUGCUGAACAACCCUGAGCUGUUACGCCAAACAAUGGAGCUUGCGCGUAAUCCGUCGAUGCUGCAGGAACUAAUGCGAUCGCACGACCGUGCUCUAUCCAAUUUGGAGAGCAUACCCGGCGGUUACAGCGCGCUGCGCCGCAUGUAUCGCGAUAUUCAGGAACCGAUGCUGGCGGCUGCAACAAACGGUCGUAAUCCCUUCUCCGCUCUGGUGGAGAACAACUCGUCCAACCAGGAUACACAAAAUCCGCAGCAGGGCCAAGAGAACCGUGAUCCCCUACCGAAUCCGUGGAAUCCAAGUCAGAAUGAUACCAACAAUGGCGGGACGCAGCCGAAUCAGAGCAGAGGCUUACUGGAUUCGCCGGGUAUGCAGAGUCUUACCGCCCAGAUAAUGGAUAAUCCUCAGUUGAUGCGAAAUAUGUUGAACGCUCCCUAUACGCGUUCCAUGCUCGAGGCAAUGGCAGCCGACCCAGCGAUGGCGAAUCGCGUGUUCGCUGCGAGCCCAUUCCUGCGUAGCAAUCCGCAGAUGCAGGAACAGAUGCGUGCCAUCAUGCCCGCCGUCUUACAGCAGAUGCAGAAUCCUCAGAUACAGAAUGUCGUUAGCAAUCCAGACGCACUGGCCGCCAUCUUGCAGAUACAACAGGGUAUGGAACAGCUACGCACCGUCGCUCCUGAUCUUGUGGAAAAUAUGGGCCUUACGGUCCCACCACCUGUGACUACGACACCCAACACCGGUGGCGGCACAAGUCCCAGUGUACCGACCAGCCAAUCAUCGGACACCAAUCAGCAGGACGCGUUUUCCCAAUUCAUGGCACGUAUGGUCUCUGCAAUGGCAUUAAAUCAAGGUGUAGAAGUCGACGGCCAACCUGUACCUCCACCAGAAGAACGUUAUAGAGCACAGCUAGAACAACUUACGGCUAUGGGUUUCCUUAAUAGAGAUGCUAAUUUACAAGCGUUAAUUGCUACAUUUGGAGAUAUAAAUGCCGCCGUUGAGAGACUACUCUCUAAUGGGCAAGUGUCUAUGAGCUAACCACCAAUCAGCAAUACCGUUAUUCCAUUAUUAUCUUUAAUUUUCUCCUUAUUUACCUCGUACGACAGACGCGGUGAGAGAUAUUUCAGAUAACUGGCUGUCGAAGAAAAAAAAAGAAUUAUAAAAUUAUACCCCCUCUUCCUCGUCCAACUUCUACCCGUUUCUCAGUCUUGACGCAAUAUAUGCUACCGACAUGUUCAAAAUUCGCAUCUUCUUUUGUACUUGAAUUCAGGUUUAUCUGUGUUUAGACGUUAGAGAAAACGGCGUAGAUACUAAACUACGUUCCCCGACUGUUCACUUCUUCGAAUCUCCGUUCUCGGUUUGUCUGUCCCGUAUUCUCUUCGAUGUGCUCUAAAGCUAAGUAGCUCUGUUGAUGUCAUUUUUCUGUGUAAAUUUCUUUAUAUAGCAGCCCUGCGAUAGUCGCUGCGAUACACGCGCGAUCACGUUUACGACAAUUCUUUACAACAUAUUUCCAUGUGAACUUUCUUAUAGAAACACAAAUGGAAACCUGCAUGGAAAAUCUAGAUUGUCACUAUUAAGGAGCUCGCUUCUCGGCUUCGUCGGUCGAUCGAAAGUGCAUUCACAGUACUCAACCAUCUCUUUUUGCUUUUUUGACUAUCCUAAUAUAUUUAUAAUCGCUCGUAGCGAGAUAUGUUGUUUGUAUAUGUUCCGAGUAAACAAAGAGAAAAAAGUAAGUGAGAAGAAAACGAAAUCAGCAGAGGAUGAGUGUAAUGCUUUGGCACGGAUUUCUCGAUCGUUUCCUCAUACGUAAACGAAAAUAUCUUUGGAUAUAUGUAUAUGUAUAUACACAUGGUUACACACAUAUAUACAGGGUGCGGCAAAUUUAAAUUGAGACAAAUAUAUGAAAAAUGUAGCAAAAUAAAAAUAUUUCAGACAAAUGUUGUUGGGUUGGAAGGGGGGGCAUGUGGUAGUGCUAUUGACUUGACCUUAUGGUAAAUUAACAAUCUUGGCGUAUUCAUUGCAAAUUCAAGCCAAUGGCACUCUCUUCUCUUUAUCGUACGUCCCACUUGAAACUGUACAACUUUUAGUCUAAGAUAUUCUUUUUUUUUACUUUGUUUUUUAUAUAUUUAAGAAUCUCAAUUUAAACGCCGCGCACUCUGUAUAUGUAUAUUAGCGAGAUUCGCACACAUCGUACUCAGAGGGCACGACUCGACGAUCCGUACUGUAAUACGUUUUCCAUGUUUUUAUGGGUACGCAUGAGGCGACAACUGCUUUCUUUGAAUUGCAUACUAGCGUGCACCGUCUCUUUGUUGGUUUAAUUUGAUCGUAGCGUAAAAGUACUAUCAUUAAGCGUUAUACAUAUAUAUAAAUAUAUAUAUAUAUAUUAUAUAUAUAUGUCUUGUAAUACAAGUCUAGAAAUUUGUAGCGUGAUCAUUGAGAAACAUACGGCAUAGAUUGUUUAUAGAGGAAUGUGUGCGCGGUAUGGGUUGGCUUGGCGCACGACCACGCGCAAAAAUGCGUGAAUUCGAAGGAACACCUAAUUGUCGGCUAGCUCUAAAGCAUAAAGAUAAAAAGAAAUCGAAGAUGUAUGUUGUAAAUUAUCCUUUUUCGGAGGGAAACAGCUAUGAUUUUAAUACUUUUGAUUGAUGUACGAUUACAUAAGUAUCCAUGCGCAUUAUAUUAUCUUUUAUGUGUAUUCAGUAUACUUCACUGGAUGAGACAUUCUGCUGUAAAAGCGAUUAUAUUACAAAAUAAAGUUACGGUUGAUUCAUACCCAUCGAUCAACUAUCGAAUA